AUGAGUCAAACAAAUAACGCUGGUACCACAAAUACCAAUACCAAUCAAAAUAAUAAUCGUAAAGGAGGUAAUAAUAAAAACUAUCAAAAUAGAAAUAACAAUAACCAACAACAACAAGGUGGCCAACAACAACAACAACAACAACAUAGAAAUAAACACCAAAAUCAACAAGGUAAUCAAAAUCAACAAGGUAAUCAACAAGGUGGUGGCAAUCAACAACAAAAUAAACAAGGUGGUCAUCGUGGUGGUAAAACCCCAUCAAAUGUCGAGAGUUUCCCAAUUAAUUUAUCACAACAACAAGUUCAACAAUUACAAGCAUAUCAACAACAAACUCAACAAAACCAAUCAGCUCAAUUCCAAAGCAACUUUUUACCACCAGCAACAGCUCUUUACACACCAGUGAUCAACUAUUUCAUCAAUCUCUACAAUAACUUUAAAUCACAAUCACAUCAAGAUAUUUUAGUUUCAUACGAUAGUUUCUUCAAGAGUUGUGAAACCUAUUAUCCACAUUGCGCAUUACCAACCAUUGAAAACUUAAUUCCAAUCUUGGGUGAUAAAUUUGAAGAAUCCUCCUUCACCGAUCGUUUCUUUGUUUUAUUAUACAAAGAAAUCUAUUAUCGUUAUUAUUAUGCUUUAGUUUUUCAACCAAAUAUAAACACCUGUGUUGAAUCAUGGCAAAAUUAUUAUCAAAUUUUCCAUACUUUAUUAAGUGCAAAUUCACCAAAUGAUGUUGAAAUUGAUUUACCAAAUGCAUGGUUAUGGGAUCUUGUUGAUGAAUUCGUUUAUCAAUAUCAUACUUUUGCUAAAUUUAAGUUAAAGAAACAAGAUGUUGACUUUUUAUCAGAGAAUCCAGAGAUUUGGGAUACCACAAACGUUAUUCGUUAUCUUUAUUAUAUCAUUAAGAAAUCACAAAUUUUCAGUGCAAAUACCAAUAGAUUCGAAUCAUCAUCUGAAGAUUUCUGUUCACAUCCAGUCUACAAAAUGUUGGGUUACUACUCUGUAAUCAGUUUAGUACGUGUUCAAUGUUUAUUGGGUGAUUACACAUUGGCCUUGAAAACAUUGGAACUCAUCGAUAUGGGUAAGAAAGCCAUGUAUACCUACGUCACCGCUUGUCAUAUCACCCUUUACUACUAUUUGGGUUUCGCCUAUCUUAUGUCAAGAAAAUAUAAUGAAGCCACUAAAGCUUUAAAUACAAUUUUAGUUUCUGUUGCUUCAAAAUCAAAAUCUCAAAAUUUCCAAUCUGAUCAUAAUGAGAAAAAAACAGAUAAAAUGUAUGCAUUAUUAACAAUUUGUCAAGCACUUUAUCCAAAUAAGAUUGAUGAAAAUGUUAGUAAUAAUUUGAAAGAGAAAUUUGGUGAUAAAUUAUUAAGAUUACAAAAGGGUGAUCUUUCAGUUUAUGAGGAAUUGUAUACAUUUGCUGCCCCACGUUGUAUCGGUCCAGUACCACCAUACAUUUCAGGUUUCAAUGUAACCGCUUUGGAUCCACAUCGUCUUCAAUUAUCAUUGUUUUUAGAGGAGGUCAAACAACAAUCCCUCUUGACAACCAUUCGUAGUUAUAUCACUUUGUAUUCAACUAUCUCCAUUCAAAAGUUGGCUGGUUUACUUCAAAUCGAUCCAGAGGAUUUACGUGUUAAACUCACUUGUUACAAACAUAAAUUAUUCAACGUUUUAGGUAAAGGUGAAACUAAAUGGAAUAAUCAAUUGGAUAUCGAUUUCUACAUUGAUCAAGAUAUGAUCCAUAUCGAUAAUCGUCUUUAUGCCAAAGAAACUGAUUCUUUCAUUAAUUCAAUUCUUAAAUUCGAAGGUUCAUUAACUCCAUCUUAUAAUUGGAUGUAA